AUGAGCGCGAUCGCGGGCCUGUUCGUCAACUACCAGGAGGAGCGCCGGGCUUUGGUCGAGAAGACCGAGGCCAAGGACCUCAUCGACCAGAACGUCGGCGAGAUGAUGGGGGUCGUGUACCGCGGCGCGUCCCCGCGCAUGCUCGACUCGACCGCGGACGUGCUCGCGGCGGCCGUGCUCCGCGACCGGUCGGCGUCCCGACGGUCCCGCGCGCGCGUGCUCCGGGGGCGGGGGCGGGGCACGGAGUGGAAGGACGACGCGUCCGCGGAGGACGAGGGCCGGUCGCGCAAGCACCUGUCGGCGCGCGGCGCCGCGACGCCCCCCGACGGCUUCGGGGGCACGUCCAUGGUCGAGGCGACGUCGCAGAUCGCCGACAAGGACGGCCUCGCGACGCACCAGCUCGUCGCGGCGACGUUGCUGAUCCAGUUCGUCGUGCUCCCGCGCAAGAUGGGCACGGGCCGCGACUCGCUCGAGGAGCAGGAGCGCAACGCGUUCCUGGAGCGCAUCCAGGCCGAGGAGGUCCGCCGCGAGCAGGCCCGCAUCGCGGCCGCGCGGCCCGUGCCGCCGCCGCCGAACCGCGCGACCGGCGCGGGCGACGACGGCGACGAGGUCUGGGAGGAGAGCGACAACGACGAUCCCGUCGAGGACCUCAUCCACCGCGAGCGCAUCCGCGAGCGCGACCUGCUGCGGACGCCCGGUUGCCUCGCCCUCGGCCGCAAGGCCUUCCGCCUCGAGGACAUGCCGCGCGUCACGGAGCGCGACCGCGAGAUCCUGCGGCGCGUGCUCUACAUCCUCCGCGAGGCCGAGCGGCGCAACUGCGGCGAGCUCGAGGUCCCGCGGCCGCGGGAGUGGGCGAACUCCGAGCUCGGCGACACGAUGACGACGGAGGCCAUCCGCGCGCGCUUCGACCUGCGGCGCGACGACGGCGUCUUUUUUGUGCGCCUCCAGCGCCUCUUCCCGAACCACGACUUCCGCCUCUCGUGGUCCGUGCGCUUCAACGUCGUGGUCCAGACCGUCGACGCGAUCGCGCUCGACUCGAACCUCGCGCUCACGCGCGUCGACAUGGAGGUCCGCCGCUCCACGGUCGGCGUCUACGAGGACUCGCUCGCCUGCCAGCUCCUGGGCCAGACCUACUACGUCCACCCGGACAAGACGAUCAAGAUCACGGUCGACCUCGUCGUCACGAGCGAGGUCAUCGGCGCGUUCCCGCGCACGGCCCCGGGCCGCGCCGAGGUCCACAUCAAGGAGCUGGGCUUCCACUUCGUCGACCCGCUCGCGCCCAUCGCGGAGAAGGAGAUCGUGCCGCGCGUCCGCGUCUUCAUCCCGUACCUCGGCAUCGAGGGCUGGAUCAGCAUCACGUUGAACGACGGCCACCUCAUCGUCGAGCUCAAGUACCUCCAGGCCAUGCACGUCAAGAACCGCAUGCUCAAGAAGUGCUGCUACACGCUCUACCUCCUCGAGCUCGCGGACAGGCUCCGGGGCGAGGCCUCCCGCGAGACCCUCAAGACGGCGCGCAAGAACGUCGUCGAGGCCGAGGGCGAGUACCAGCUCGCGCUGUCGAACUACCGCCAGCAGGAGCUCUGGUGCUCCCAAAAGUUCGACAUGGUCGUGCUCGCGCGCCCGACGCUCAUGCGCGUCAUCCGCAAGUUCGCGAACGCGAUCGCGCGCAAGGCCGCCGAGGCCCGCGGCGAGACCUUCGUGCCCACGCCCUACGACGAGACGGCCGUCGACGCCGUCGUCGUCACGGCGGUCUCGGCGCCGGCCGGGCCGCCGCUCAAGGCGCUCGAGGCCAUGGGCAAGAAGGAGCUGGGCGCGGAGCUCGACGCCGCGGGCGUGCCGAGCAAGGGCCGGGCCGUCAAGCACACCGCGAUCGAGGUCCUCCGCAACCUCGUGCGCCGCCUCCGCGCCGGCGAGCCCGCGGCGUCGCUGAAGGCCACGCUCGUCGCGGACGGCGCCAAGAAGGUCGUCUUCCAGUACGGCCGGCCGGGCAACGGCACGGACUACCUCGUCGCGCGCUGGCGCGGCCUCGCGGAGACGGACCCGCUGCGCCUCGAGUUCGACGAGCUCGCGCGGCGCGACGUCGCCGCGGCGGCGGCCGACGAGCUGCCCGUGGACCGGCUGCAGCGCGCGCCCGACCCCGGCCUCGUGAACCUGCCGACGAUCUGGCCGCGCAUGCGGUACGCGCAGCCGGAGUGCGGCGUGCGCUACCCCUACGGCUCCAAGCUCGGACUCUUCAAGGGCCGCGUCGGCGGCGGCGUCCGAGGCAUGUGCUACCGCGUCAUCCGCGACGCGAAGCGGCGCAUGUCGAACGUCCCACCGCGGGCCGAGGACGACCAGUGCCCCGCGUACUACGGCGUGGACUACAUCGUGGAGAAGGGCAAGGCGGUCUGCAAGUUCACGGUCCACGAGGGCACCAAGACCCUGAAGAUGAAGAGCGCUCCGGCGGACCCGCGCUUCGAGACCUUCGGCCACAACGCCGGGUCCCGCGGCAACACGCUGAGCCACCCGACGGCCGUCGCCGUCUACCGGCGCGAUCUCGGCGUCCCCGAGGCGCUCCGGUCGCUGGAGACCGCCUUCGCCGAGUUCAUGCCGGAACGCUUCUACGGCAUCGACGAUCGCAGUCGCUUCCACGGCAAGGUCGCGGCGGUCGCCCACGUCCCGGGCUCGGGCAACGGCGCCAGCGGCCUCAUCGUCUUCGGCACCUACGACUCCAAGGUCGAGGCGGCGGCGCACUUCAACAUCGGCACGACGGUCAUCGGCCAGAUCGUCGGCCAGCGGCUCCGCUGGCUCAACGACCCGAUGGACCCGGGCGCGACCGCGGCGUCUCGUUUCGCGAAGACGCGCCUCGAGCGCUACAAGGCCGACUUCGCGCUCCAGCUCAAGGAUUUGGCGUACGUCGAGGCCGCGGACGAGGCCUACCUCCGCGACCAGGCCGCGGCGUUGGCGCCGCCCGAGCCCAUGCCCGACGGCUCGCGGCCGCCGAUCGACGCGCACUCGCGGCGCGUCGCGCGCGCGGGCCUCGCGAACACGUUCGAGCGCAUGAUCGAGCGCCGCCGCGACCGCGCCGCGCGCGAGCGCGAGGAGGCCCAGGCGCGACGCCGCACCGCCGCGUCGUCGGCCGCCGUCGCGAACUACUACCGCGACCCGUGCGGCCUCCUCGAGCCGCGGGCGCUCGUGCCGCCCGGCCAGCCGCGCCGCGUCGCCAAGCUCUACGUCGUGCCCAACUGCGAGAUCGUCACGCCGCCGCCGCCGCCGAUCUACCACGUCACGGAGAACGGCGAGCGGCUCCUCGUGCUCUACGCGACGCGCGUGCAGCGGCCGCUGAUCCCCGCGAUCCAGCAGGUGCACAAGCAGCGCGCGGAGUUCCUCUCGCUCUUCGACGAGUCGGAGGUCGAGAUGGCCGCGGCCAUGUUCGACUCGCGGCCCAUCGAGAUCGCCCGGCCGCUGCUCUUCGAGUCCGAGGAGGACGCGCAGCGCCGCGCCGAGCCGGCCGCGCCGAAGCGCAAGCGCAAGUCGCGCAAGAAGAAGCGCAAG